UACCCCAACUUGAGGGGAUCCAUUCCGGCCGACCUCCUUCCUCCUAUAUAUUCUAGGGUUUUCUGUCCCGGCGAUCCGACUGUUCUCUCGCCCAUCGCCGCCGCCUCCGCCGCCUCUGCCCCAGAACUGGAGUAGUUUCUGAUUUGGGACUAAAAACUCUUCGUGUUUGUGUGAUCGCUUGUGAUUGUGGCACGGCAACCAUUCUUAUCAUGUCCAGAAGAUUAAUUCCUUCUUCUUGUUGUUGGGAAUAAAUGGAUAGAUAGAUUUACUUCUGAAUUUGUCUCUGAAAGAGGGGGGCAUAUGGCUUCCUUAUUUCGACGAUCUUCGAUCACCCACCACGCCACCUCAGCUGUGGCAUCUGCAGCAGGUGCUCACCGUGCCUUCUCUCCAGCAAUGGGAGGUGGCAUUCGACCUGAUCUUACAAACACUGAGAUUGACAAGCUUCUGCUCCAGAAAUCUGCAUUCAACAAGGCAGGCAUAUUUUCAGCGAGAGGUAAGAUCACGCAUGCCAAUGUUGAGAAAGGGCUCGUGCUGUCUGAAUGCCUAAAGAUUCUGCGCCGGGAGGGUGAACAGCAGAGUUGGGCUAAGCUGUGGUGCAAGCAGAUUGCAGCCGUGGUGAUUUUUGGGGUGCUGUUUAGGUCGGGAGAACCGGAGAAGCAUGAACCAAAUGCUAGUAGUUAAUAAUUAAUUCUAAGAGGCUUAUAACUAAGUUAAAAGCAUGUGACUGUGGACUGUGGUGUUAUGCUGACAAGCAAUUUAUGCUCUUUAUCUUUCUUGGGAAGGGCGACAUUUUGACAAGCAAAACAUGAUGAUGCUGAUUGUUUGUUUUGAGUUGGCACUUCUGAGUUCUAAUUAAGAUGCGUGUUGAACAUGCGGCUACUUUCGUGUGGUAUAUAUGAUUAUGUUCAUAACCA